UCCCUUUCAGAAUGCGAGGUCCCCUCCUACUCUCAGUCCCCAGAAUCGAUACAAAUCUGGGUCAGGGGAGGGGGCGCUUCCCAAAUGCAUCUGUCCUGCUCCAGGCACAGCCUUAGCGUGGUUUUGCUCUCCGGAUCGCGGCUCUAACCCGUCCCUUUGCCCUCCUUCUCUCCCCAUCUCCUUCCUACCCUUCAGCUUCAGAUCUUUAGGGCUCACCAAACUAUGGAACUUGAUUUUGGACACUUUGACGAACGAGACAAGGCGUCCAGAAACAUGCGAGGCACACGGAUGAACGGCUUGCCCAGCCCCACUCACAGCGCUCACUGUAGCUUCUACAGAACCCGGACCUUACAGGCGCUCAGUAACGAGAAGAAAGCCAAGAAGGUUCGUUUCUAUCGCAACGGGGACCGCUACUUCAAGGGGAUUGUAUACGCCGUGUCCUCCGACCGCUUCCGAAGUUUUGAUGCCCUCCUGGCGGACCUGACCCGCUCCCUGUCCGACAACAUCAACCUGCCCCAGGGCGUGCGCUACAUUUACACCAUCGAUGGCUCCAGGAAGAUCGGCAGCAUGGACGAGCUGGAGGAAGGCGAGAGUUACGUCUGCUCGUCCGACAACUUCUUCAAGAAGGUGGAGUACACCAAGAACGUCAACCCCAACUGGUCUGUCAACGUGAAGACCUCUGCCAACCAGAAAGCACCUCAGUCCCUGGCCAGCAGCAACAGUGCCCAGGCCAAGGAGAACAAGGAUUUCGUGCGCCCCAAGCUGGUGACCAUCAUCCGCAGCGGGGUCAAGCCGCGCAAGGCUGUGCGCGUGCUCCUCAACAAGAAGACAGCCCACUCCUUCGAGCAGGUCCUCACUGACAUCACUGAAGCUAUCAAGCUGGAGACAGGGGUGGUCAAAAAGCUCUACACCUUGGAUGGGAAGCAGGUGACCUGUCUGCACGAUUUCUUUGGGGAUGAUGAUGUGUUCAUCGCCUGUGGCCCCGAGAAGUUCCGCUAUGCACAGGACGACUUUUCCCUGGACGAGAGCGAGUGCCGGGUGAUGAAGGGGAGCCCAGCAGGUGCCACGGGCAGCAAAUCCUCGCCCACCCCUCAGAAGAGCUCGGCCAAGAGCCCCGCGCCCAUGCGCCGCAGCAAGUCCCCGGCCGAUUCAGGUAACCACCAAGAUGCCAACGGGACCUCCAGCAGCCAGCUGUCCACCCCCAAGUCCAAGCAGUCGCCGAUCUCCACGCCCACCAGCCCCGGGAGCCUCCGCAAGCACAAGGACUUGUACCUGCCUCUGUCUUUGGAUGACUCGGAUUCCCUGGGAGACUCCAUGUAGAGCGAGAUGUCCACGUUGCAUUUGGGAUACAGCAAAGUACCUCUGCCACACAAGCAGAUCGGUGACUGGUGCUUUCAAGUCAAAGGACACGCAGUUAAAUGUCAUUUUUGUUCUGUGAUUUCUCCUCUCUGUGCCACAAACCAACACCUGCCAGUCUAUAGAGAUAGAGGGAUACCAUUCUUCUUAAGUCACAGGGGUGCAAAAUGGGCAUUGUGAGAAAUUUGGGGCCUCCGUGCCAAGGAUUCUGUGCAUUUCCCAUUUUCUUCUGUUGUUUCCUCUGCUGCUGCAACCAUGUGGUUUUCCUGGUGUUAGUAAAGUAGUUCCCCUGGAGGUGUGCAAAUGGAGCCCUUGCUGGGCAGUUUGCAGGUGAUGUUCUCCACCUGUGCAAACUGCCAGCUCACCUGCUCCUCAUUCACAGCCCCAGUUUUGGCACCUGCAUUCUAAAGAGUCUUGGUUUUAUUGUGGAGAGCAGGAAGGGAAUUUCUAGUUGGAUGCUUAAUAUGCCAGCAGAAGCUUGGAUGAGAUUAGGAAUGAUUGUGUCAGAUGCUAAGUAAGGUUUGUACAAUAAUUCAAAUUAUUCAAAUAUUGUUUGGGACUUUUUUUAAAUAAUUGAGCAAAAACCCCCAUAAAUCAGCUGAGUUAUCUGGUGUAGAACAUCUUCCACAUGCAAUGCUGCUAGCUGGUAACAAAUAUUUAUACCUCCCCUAUGGUAUCUCUCUAUCUCUGUUUGUAACAGUAAUGCCUUGUGAACAGCCAACACUGAAAACACUGUGAGAAUUUGUUUUCAGGUUUGACACCCUAUAGGUCACUUUUUAUAGCAAAAAAAUCAAUACACUUUUUAUAAAGGAAAACCUUUUAUCUGUGUUUUGGGAGUAAGGAUUCAAGCUCCUUCUUUUUUAUAAAAGCUGGUAAUUUUCUUUUGUUUAAAAAACACGUUCAGAAAAAAAAAAGUACAAAAAAAACCAACCACAACUGCAGAACAAUAAUAACAGCAACUCAGUUUAGAAAUCCUGUCAUCACUGCCAAAACAGACACGUGUAGGGGGGAAAAAUGGUCAAUUCAAAAUAUUGAAUGUUUUGAUAGUUUUUUGUAAUGUUUAAGACUACGUAUUUGGUUUUUUACACUUCAGUAUUCCUAACUAUGGCCAGAUUCUCUACUUAUAUAACAAAUGAAGUUUUGUGGUGUUCUAAAAACCUGUAUUUUAAGAAACUCUUCUAUCUGAGAAAAACAAACUUGCUGUAUUUAGAGAAGCUUUUGCUUUUAUUAAUCAGUAAUGCCUCCUCCAGAAUGCAAAGUUCAUCUCCUCACGCAGGGCUGGUGGUUUUUACUGCGCCAAAGCUUCGUCCUAGGCCAGCUGCCACUGCCUCCCUCCCUCAUGGAAUAAGCUUUGAUGAAACUGAUUCUUGCAGAACUUUACCUAUUUGAAAUCUGUGCAAUCAAGCCUUUCUUUGUUGCUCUAUUUGCUUUUUUUCUUUCUUUUUUUUACCAACAUAGACACCUACUCCCUGUUGCCUUGCAGCCCCUUGUGGUUAGGAUGGAUUUCAUCCUCGUGAUGUUUGAUGCUCCAUGAAUGCUGGGUUGUUCCCAAAGCCACUCCACGUUUUGUUUGCUUGCAUUGCUGGGAUGAAGCAAUCUGUGCAGGCUGCAUCUUUCGAGGCUCGUGUGAUCAUACUUAUAAUGCAACUUUUUAAAAGAGAUUUAUCAGAGAGAGGCCAGGAUUGGGAAUUGUCAAGGGGUCAGAGUUAUCAUGCACCAAAUUUGCACCCAGUAGUCUUAGUGCAUGAUCAUUUACAGCCAGAGUUUUGCACAAGGAGCCAUUUGUUCUCACUGAUAGCUUCAUUUGAUUGAAUAACUCUCUGACUGCACAACUGCUAAAUGGUCAUUUUAAAUACUGUAAAUAGAAUCUGGGGUUAGUUCACAGGCUAAGGGCUCAUUGAGGGUUUGUGGGGGGGAAGGAUGGUGCUGUGGACAAAGCUUGGGUGCAGCAGUCAGCACACCUCUAAGCCCUUGGCACUGCUGAAUUUUGUGUCUGAAUGGGAGCAGGUCUCUGAGUAACCCUGUGCCUCAAUCUGUCUGUCUGUCCCUGCAGGGACAGCUCUGUUCUACCUCACUGGGGGUUGUGAGGCCAAAUGUUGGUUAACAUUAGUCAAGUGCUUUCAGAUCCUCUAACAGAAGGUGCUGAAAUAUUCUGGGUGCAGAUUUGGUUAUGGGUGCUAAUUUUUGGCUGUUUAAUCCUGUGAGUGCUACUGCAGAAGCUGGUCAUGAGCAAAAAGGAUUUUUUUCAGCAUAAGGAUGUCAAAGGCCUUGGUUAUGCUAAUAACAAUAUUAUUCAUCAGAGUUUUUGUCUUAGGGAAAGCUUUAGUGGGACAGAUAACUUGACAUGCUCUUACCCUCUCUGUUGUGCUGGUGGAAAUCUCAGAGUCCCUCCCUGAGUCUCUGCCUGUGCAGGGACCCUGAGCAGUCACCAUGGAUGGACUGGAGCUGCAGCCCAGGGUGUUGUCACACUGUGACAGAGGCCAUUGCUGUCACAGUCAGGGUGAGCCUGUCCUGCCACCUUUCCUCAGACAAACAGGAGACCAGCCAUGCAGCCCCACCCAGGUUCUCGUGCUGCUCAGUGCAGGAUGCUCACCACAGAUCCAGCAGGACACCCAAAUCUGGGCUGCUCUCUGCAGCCUGAGCUGCUGGUGGGGGAAAGGAAUCUGGGAGAUGCUCUCACCCAGUUUGUGUAAGAGAAAGCAGGAUCCCAAGGGAGGAAGGAUGCUUUGUUGGGAUGGUUGUUGAGCAGGGGCUCCUUUCCUUCCUGCCAGAAGCUCUGUUUGGUUAUUUGGAGAUGCUUUUCCUGGCGCAGCAUCACUGAGCUCUUCCUCUUGAGCUGCACCUGGUGACACAUCCCAGACCUGAUCCUGCCAGCUCUCCCUUGGGAAUGCAGCUUUGUUUGCAUCAGGAUCAUCCUGUGGUGGGGCUGAGCCCAGCAAUUCCUUCAGGGAAUUAGGGGGACCUUGAAAAGGCCUAAAAGGAUUAAAAUUAAUUGUUCAGUGGGAAAAAUAGCCAUUCAAACCAGCAGAAGCCACAAAGAAAACAGGGUAUGAGGUCAGACUCCCAAGUUUUAAGAAGCAAUUUUCUAGGUAGAAAUGCCUGGGCAGUAGAAGUCAGUGAGAAUUUCAGCUGUAGCAUAGAGUGAAGUCUGUAUUAAUGCCAAUAUUGCAUGAGUUCUUGUACAGAAAUGCAUGUGGAAUGUGACAUACAUUCAGAACUAGUUAUCUUUGGCUUUGUAGGAUCCCUCAUCUAGAUUUGAAUACAAAGAGAAACAGUGCACAGGCAUCAGACCUUAGUUACUGAAACAGAAGAACAGCUGUGAUUCAGGAAAAAAAACUAAAAGCUUAAAUUUUAGCACGUGCUUUACUCCUGUUGACUUUUCACGAGAUAAGGCUUGGAUUUGGUCAGAAAGCUUUCCUGAACUGCUGUGAAUUAGUAAUUACUUCCAAUUUACUAUGGCAAUUCCAGACCCUGUGAGAUCCUGGAGCAAUGAUAGUAAUUCCACUAUAUACUCCACAGUUCACCUUUCAUAUUUUUUUUUUUUUUUUACAUUUACAAGCACAUAAAGCUCCACAUGAUAUGAGGAUUUGCCAAAUUAAUUCUGCUAUAAAAACCCUGUCUAAUUUGCCUCAUGAGGCUGCCUUUAGUGCUUUCAGAGACUAAUUGAAUCACUGAGACUAUAUUGUUUUAAAACAAUAGAGUAUUUAAAAACAAAUUGGAGAAACUCUUGAAGUAGCAGGGCUUUGUUUCUUUGAAAUCUGUCUUUAUUCAUAAUAAUUUAGCAAAUUUGCAUAUUAAGAUCCCUGUUUCAGGCGCAGUCAUUAGGAAGGAAUUGUACAGACAGAAAGGUUUAGCAUUUUUACACUCAGGUGAUGGUCUUGACUGUAGAAGAUGAGAGCAAUGCAGCAAAACCUUCAGCCUUGGGAUUUUUAUCACUUGUAAAGCAUUUAUAAUCCUGAAGUUUCUGGUUUAAAGCCUCGUCUGGUAUAUGAUUUGGAGCUAGUUCAGUUCCACCAGCUAAAUAUCUUGAAGUGAUUUGGAAAGAGUUUGAUAAUGAGAUUUUACUUUGUGGUGGGUGUUGGGAGCAGCUUUUCCCUACCACUGUCUGUGUUUCCAAUAUCUGCACAUUAUUUAUUGUCUUCUCAGGAGCUAGAAACCCUAAUUGUGUUAUUUCCAUAGAUGAUAGAAGAAUCCUGCUUAGAAAACAACUUCCCCAUCUCUCUCACCCUCAGCUAACACACGUGUAGGCACAAAAAAAUCCACA